AUGGCCCCCGCCAACUCCUCCCGCAACUUCUCCGCGCCGGAGGCUCGAAACGGCUCAGUAGCAGAGAAGCCAGCACCAUACACCAAUGUGAUAAUGCCCAGUCUCUUCAGCAUCAUCUGUUUCCUGGGCAUUGUGGGGAACCUCAUUGUCAUCUACACUAUUGUUAAGAAGAAGAAGCUGAGAUGCAAACAGACUGUGCCUGACAUUUUCAUCUUCAACCUCUCCAUUGUGGACCUCCUCUUCCUCUUGGGCAUGCCAUUCCUCAUCCAUCAGCUCCUAGGCAAUGGCUCAUGGUACUUUGGAGCUCCCCUGUGCACCAUUAUCACUGCCCUGGACACAAACAGCCAGAUCACCAGCACCAACAUCCUUACAGUGAUGACAUUGGACCGUUACCUAGCAACUGUCUACCCUCUAAAAUCUACCUAUGUCCGGACCCCAUGUGUUGCAGCUCUAGUUAUCUGCUUGGUGUGGCUCCUCUCCUUCCUGACCAUCAUUCCCGUAUGGAUGUAUGCAGGUCUUAUGCCUCUGGAAGAUGGGACCGUCCGCUGUGCUCUCUUGCUUCCCAACCCAGAGACUGAUAUCUACUGGUUCACCCUCUAUCAGUUCAUGCUAGCAUUUGCUGUGCCAUUGAUUGUGAUCUGCGUGGUCUAUUUUAAGAUCCUCCAGCACAUGGCCACCACUGUGGUCCCAUUGCCCCAAAGGAGCCUCCGGGUACGUACCAAGAAAGUCACCCGUAUGGCAGUUGCCAUCUGCUCUGCCUUUUUUAUUUGUUGGGCUCCCUUCUACAUCCUCCAGCUGGUUCACCUCGGCAUUGACACACCAUCCAUGGCCUUCUUUUAUGCCUACAACUUUGCCAUUAGCUUGGGCUAUGCCAACAGCUGCCUCAACCCCUUCCUCUACAUUGCUCUCAGCGAGACCUUCAAGCGCCAGUUCUUAGUGGCCAUCCGCCCUGCAAAAGAGCCAUGUCGCAACAGCAGCUCUGUCAACAACAACAGCAUGACAGAGGCUAGUGUAUGUCUGAAACUGGCACCAGAAUCCACCCAGCAGACUCAGUUUCUGGAGGACUUUUCCCCACGUUCACUGCCUGUGACUGUGGCUGUUCACUAG